GUGUGGACAAUCAUAGGAAUAUCAUCUGUUAUUACGGCGUAAAUAAUUGAAUAUUCCAUUAAAAUAACAUAUUUAAAAUGGCGACUGAAGCAUCUGAUAGCAAAGUGCCAGAUUGGGUGCAGGCUGAAAUCUUCACUGAUGUAUUAAAAGAAUCUGUUGAUGGCUUCUCGAAAAUUAAAAGCUUCAAAGCUGCUGGCGGAUCAGCAGCAGGUGAAAACUAUGCAACUAUCAUGUUGCGAGUGAAUAUUGAAGUGGAACUAAAAGACGGCAAGGAAAAAUCCGUUUCCUACAUGUUGAAACUUCCUCAUCAGUCGGAAAUAUUUCAAGCGAUGAUGAAACGUAACAAUAUUUUCGAAGCCGAACGUACUGUGUAUAAAACAAUUGUUCCCGAGAUGGAGCAAUUGUACCGUGAUGCGGGCGUAGAAGUAAAAUUCGGUGCGAAAUCGUAUGAUCUGAAAGACGCCAAGUCAGACUAUGUCCUUCUCGAGGAUCUUGCUCCUCAGGGGUUCAAGAACAUGAAUCGUCUAGAAGGCUUGGACCAGGCACAUACAGAAUCAGCUCUACGGAAAUUGUCCCAAUGGCAUGCUGCCUCCGUUGUACGUGUAGCCCAUAUAGGACCAUAUCCCGAAAAGUAUAGCACUGGAUUUUUCACGGAAGAAAGUCGCCCAAUUAUAGAGGAAAUGAACAGUAGUUUGACAAAGAGCUUUCUGAAGUCUCUGGCAACGUACGAGGACAGCGAGGAAUACUUAACUAUCGUGAAAUCAUUGGUGCCUAAGUUAACUGAUAUAUGCUUUAAACUGGCCAAACCAGAUACCAAUGGACUGAAUGUAUUAAAUCAUGGCGACUUUUGGAGUAACAAUAUGAUGUUUUCCCAUGAUUCAUUUGAUAAAAUUAAGGAGACAUACCUGGUAGAUUUCCAGAUGCCAAAAUAUGGUUCUGUAUCGCAGGAUUUGUACUAUUUCCUGAUUUCGUCAACUAAGUUUGAGGAUAAGUUGUCUAAAUUUGAUUAUUAUAUCAAGUUUUAUCAUGACAAUCUUGUGGAAAAUCUAAAAAUUCUUAAGUACUCAAAACCACUGCCAACUCUACGUGAAAUUCACAUGACGCUCUUCAAACAUGGUUUCUGGGGUUAUUUUACAGCGACGGGUGUUAUGGGCGCCGUUUUGGUCGAUCCCACAGAAAAAGCAAGUUUUGAUAACUUUCUUAGCGAUGACGGCGAGGGUGCGGACUUUAAGUCUUUGCUCUAUUCGAAUGCUCGUUACCGGAAGCAUAUGAAAGUUAUUCUACCUUGGCUGUUAAACCGUGGUGUGUUUGAGGAUCUCUAAACGCAAGAAAUAUUUGUAUGUCUGAUGAAGGUGAAUAAAUGUUCGAUAAGU